CGUCAGUCGUAUCCUCCGCAGCGUCUCCUAAACAAAGGGCGUAAUGACAUCAACCCUGCACGUCGUGCGUCAAUGACGCCUCGGCCAGUGGGGAAAAUCUAAGAUGGCGCAGUUGUCGUCGGCGGCAGGAUUGCUGCUGAGGGCCGUCAUUCCUCCAGCCUCACCGUGAUGAGAGAUGCCUCAGCCCUCUUCACUCCGCCCCCCUCAUCACAGCCACCUCCUCCCUACUCCCCUGACCCCAAGACCUACCCGUCGUCCCCUGCCUGUUUCAGCCCGCCCUGUACCGAGGGACCCCAUUCAGGAGAGGAUGGCCCCCCGUGGGGUGAGGACCAGCGAGCUGCCUCCUGCCAGCCGCCAGCCUCCAGCUAAGCCUCGCCCUCUGCCCCCGGGGCCUGGACCACUGGAUCAGAGGGGGAGGAGGCUGGAGACAAAGAGUCGGGGGCCUCGGGCUCAAGUGCAGCCCAUCCUCUCCAGCUCCUCCACAAAACGUGCCCCCAUCCGGGCUGAUCACUCGCUGGGGAUGAAAAUUGCUCUGCUACCCAACCAAUCUUCCUCCUCUCCGUCUUCCUCCCCCUCCUCCUCUCCCUCUGCCUCGCCCCCUGCCCAGCCCUUGCCCGGCUGUUCCCGGGACCACUGGGGUGUGCGGGAGUGCCUGCGCAGCCUGCCUAGCCCUGAACUCCGCCGCUCACCCUCCCUGGGGCGGUUGGAGAUUUCAGAGCGGGUGUCCAGUCCUGAGCUCCGCCGCUCACCCUCCCUCGGGCGGCUGGAAACCCAGGAACGGGCGCCUGUCCUGAGGCGCAGUUCCUCUCUGCGGGGGCUGCGUGGAGAUCUUGAGGCGAGGCCAGCUGGGGUGAUGGGAGGGGGAGGAGGAGGGGGAUCAAUUCAGCCUGGGCUGAUGGAUCCCCUCCCUGGCACCUCCCGGACUUCCAACAGCUCAGCGGCGCCCUCUCAUGGCCGACAGAACCACCCCAGCCAGGAGCAACAGCACAGGAGCCAGAGGGAUACGAUCAUCUCCAUCGGCAAUGGUCAAAUUGGACUUAGAAACCUUGGAAAUACGUGUUUCAUGAAUGCUAUUCUCCAGUGUCUGAGCAACACCAGGGAACUGCGGGAGUUCUGCAUCCAGAAGGAAUAUCGGCUGGAUGUAAAUGGAUUGGGAAAGAAACAUUGUGAACUGAUGGACGCCUUUGCUGAUCUAAUUGCUGCUCUUUGGGACCCCAUAAGCUCAGGUUCUGUCAGUCCAUUGCGCUUCCUCCAGACAUUCCAGAGAUUUGUUCCACACUUCAUUGGAUACAGCCAGCAGGAUGCUCAGGAGUUCCUUCGCUUCCUCAUGGACUGGCUCCACAUGGAGAUCAAUCGGAAAUCCCGCAAAGCUCCCAGCAUUAUGUCAGUGUCUGGGAUACGGGGCUUCACUGGAAGUGUGGAGCGAAUGCGUGAUGAUGAGAAAUCAAUCCACAUGUGGAAGCGAUACUUGGAGCGAGAUGACAGCAAAAUUGUAGAUCUCUUUGUGGGGCAGUUGAACAGCACCCUGAGGUGUACAUCAUGUGGCUAUCAAUCUAGCACCUUCGAGGUGUUUUGUGAUCUUUCACUGCCCAUUCCUAAGAGGAUGUCGAUCUCAGGUCGGGUGCCGCUGGACGAGUGCCUCAGCCUCUUCACUGCAGAAGAGGAACUCGAUACGGAGAAUGCUCCGAUGUGUGAAAUGUGUAAGCAGAGGAAGAGAAGCACUAAGAAGUUAACAAUCCAGAGAUUCCCCAAGAUACUUGUUCUACAUCUGAAUCGAUUUGCUUUCAGUCGCUAUGCGAUUAAAAAAUGCACCACCUUUGUGGACUUCCCGUUGUACGGGCUAAGUUUGCGACACUGUGCUGCAGAGAGAGCAGGUAACAGUGUCUACGACCUCUAUGCGGUAUGUAACCACAUCGGUACUGUAAACGGAGGGCACUACACUGCCUACUGCAAGUCUGCCGGCAAGUGGCACGUCUACAAUGACUCCAGGGUGUCGCUCAUUCAGGACAACCAGGUUGUCUCCAGUGAGGCUUACCUGUUGUUCUACGAGUUGGAUCAAGGUGUGCCAUCACGGUGAGAUUCGAAGAGGACGUCGGUUAGGCUGGGUCAUCUCAAGGCACUCUCCACCUUGCCGACAUGCCGGAGAUUUAAUCAGAGGCAGAGAGAGAGAGAAGAGCAGAUUAAAGAAAUGGCUUUGGCCAGUAUCUGUCUGCCUGGUCUGCUUGGGGCUGGGAUAGGGAGGGUGGGGUGGGAAUGGAUCAUGGCCAGGAUAGGGAAGAGCAAUCACAACGAUCCCAGGUUGCAUCUCCAUCAGCUUACUGACCCCUGGCCUCAGUCAUCUCCUGCUGACCUGAUUCUGCCCAAUCCCUGUCUGCAGUCACUGACUUUUAACCAGGGCACUGAACCCUGACCUUGGUCACUGACUCCUGAUUCUGGUCACGGAUCCAUGUGUUGAACUGACUGGGGGGCUUUUUAUCUCCCUCAUGGUCAUCUAUGAUAGUUAUUCUCAUCCUCUCGCCCUCUCUCACCCCCUCUUGUCCCUCUCUAUCUCACUUACUCUCCAAAAUUUCUCCAUCCAUCUUGCUCUUUCACAUCCUGGGUGGUGAAAGCAGAAGGGCUUCAAGAACUAAGAAAGAGAUUGUGAGCGGUCCCCAGGGCAGUGUCCUGGAUGCAGCCACCUCCAGCUGGUCUAUCCUGGCAUGCUGAGGUCAGAUGUAAACCAGUGACUGCCUAACGUCAGUUCUAUUUCCACCCCAGCCUCCACUUGCCCCCCCUCUCUCUACAUCAUGCUCACUAUUUACUGUAAAUAUGUAAAUACAAAUGGUCUACUGUAAAUCUUGUAAUAGUAUCAAACUGUACAGAAAGAUACUACCUGUGCACCCUCAUGCACAUAAAAUAAAAUAUUUUCC